AUGGACUUCAUUAUGGGGUUGCCUCGCAUUUUCCGUGGUCUUGAUAGCAUUUGGGUCAUCGUGGAUCAAUUGACCAAGUUAGAUCACUUCCUCCAUGUUCACACUUUCUACAGUGAUGAGAGCUUUUGGAGGACUUUUCAAGAGAAGUUGGGUAUCCGUGUCGACCUUAGCACAAUUUUCCAUCUGCUGACUGAUGGCCAGUUAAAGCACACUAGUCUGGUUCUCAAGGAUAUGUUGUGGGCUUGUGUUAUGGAUUUUGGGGGCCAGUGGGAUCAAUUAUUUCCCUUGGCGGAGUUUGCGUGCAAUAAUAGCUACCACUCCAGUUUUCAGAUGGCUCUGGUAUUCCUCUGUGUAUCUCCUAUGAAGGGCGUGAUCAGAUUUGGGAGGCAGGGAAAGCAUAACCCUAGUUUCUAUAUUGCGUCGUAUGUUCCAGAUGAGUCCCAUCUACUUCAGUAUGAUGUGGUUGACUUAGAUGAUCGUUUGAGAUACAUUGAGGAGCCACUUUAUAUUUUGGCCAAAUAUGUCAAGCAGUUGCGAUCCAGAGUCAUUCCUGUGGUGAAGGUCUUUUGGAGGCAUUGUCCAGUUAAGGUGGCUACCUGGGAGACCGAUCAGGAGAUGCGGGCAUAG